AUGGCCACAGUUUUAUGUGUUAUCUUAUAUGUUUUGGCACUUUCAUGUUCUGUUAUUGCACGGCCGGCCACUUUUUUGCAGGAUUUCCGAAUCACCUGGUCGGACUCCCACAUUAGGCAGAUGGAGGGAGGAAAAGCCAUUCAGCUUGUUCUUGAUCAAAACUCGGGAUGUGGGUUUGCUUCCAAGUAUAAGUAUCUAUUUGGACGUGUUAGCAUGAAGAUCAAGCUCAUUCCGGGUGACUCUGCAGGAACAGUCACUGCUUUUUAUAUGAAUUCAGACACGGAUAAAGUACGAGACGAACUAGAUUUCGAAUUCUUGGGCAAUCGGACCGGACAGCCUUACACAGUACAGACUAAUGUAUAUGCUCAUGGGAAAGGUGAUAAAGAACAAAGGAUUAACCUUUGGUUUGAUCCUGCUUUAGAAUUCCACACUUAUUCCAUUAUGUGGAACCAUCGUCAUGUUGUCUUCUAUGUGGAUGAAGUGCCCAUCAGGGUUUACAAGAACAAUGAAGCCAAAGGAAUUCCAUACCCAAAGGUCCAACCCAUGGGAGUAUAUUCCACUCUAUGGGAAGCUGAUGACUGGGCGACAAGAGGAGGGCUCGAGAAAAUAGAUUGGAGCAAAGCCCCUUUCUAUGCAUACUACAAGGAUUUCGACAUUGAGGGAUGCCCAGUUCCAGGUCCCACAAACUGUGCCUCAAAUACCAAAAACUGGUGGGAGGGUGCAGCAUAUCAAGAUUUGAGCCAAGCUGAAGCCAGACGAUACCGUUGGGUGCGUUUGAACCACUUGAUCUACGAUUAUUGCACUGACAAAUCGCGGUAUCCAGUUACCCCACCGGAAUGCAUGGCAGGCAUUUAA